AUGUCUAGUUUGACAAUUUUGAUUAACUACGAUGGAAAGUGGGUUAACUCAACGUACAAAAAUUGCAAAACUAAAGCACUACUUGUUUCAGAUAAAAUUAUGAUAGAGGAGCUUCGGAAUAAGGUAUAUGACAUUGUAAAUGUGGACCGAAAUGAGUAUGAGAUAACUAUGAAAGUCAUAUACGAUGCAAUGAAAAGUGCAUGGCCUGCAGAAAUAGUUGAUGAUGAUGAUAUGAGAGCUUUUAUUUUUGAAAGUCUUUCAAGGACUUACAAGAUUCCAUUGUGCAUUACAUUGAAGCGUAAAAUAUUUUCUUGUGGAAGCAAUCAACCAAUGCCAAUGGACCUCAACUUGGGUAUUCAAGCUGAUUUAGAAGAUAAUGAUCAAUACCAUGAUUCAGAAAAUGACUUGGAAAAUGCAGAAAUUGAGGACUCAGAAUAUGAAGAGGAAAACAAUACAACACAGCUAGAUGAGUUGCUUUGUGAGAACAUUCAAUUUGAGGAUAUGCCACAUGUAGAGGUUGAUAAUGCGUUCCAAGAUAAUGUUGAAUUCAAUGACUUGUCUCGUAAAAACAUGGGAUGUGAUGAUGUUCCAACUAUCAAUGUGCACUCUAAUGAACCCAACUCCAACAAACCAAAUGCUCGGAACAAGGAUAAAAACAAUGUACAUGGAUCAGACAUGACAGAGCUAUGCAAUGAAAGUGGAGAUAUAAUUGUAGGUCAACUGUAUGAGACUAAGGAGGAUAUAAAAACGAAGUUGGGUAUUGAUGCUAUGAAGAAAAAUUAUGAGUUCAAAGUGAAGAGAUCCAAUAAAGAAAGAUUUGAAGUUAGUUGUGUUGAUGAUCGAUGCAUGUGGAAACUGCGUGCAUCCAACUUACGAAAAUCCUCAUAUUUCAUGCUAAAAAAAUAUUUUACAAAACACUCAUGCUCAUUGGAUGCUAUUCAUCGCCAUCAUCGACAGGCAAGUAGUUCUCUUAUUGGCCAAUUCAUAAAAUCUAAGUACGAGGGUGUAUCACGAGUACAUAGACCCCAUGACAUCAUGGAGGAUAUGCGAAAGGACAUGGGUGUGAGUAUAAGUUAUGUGAAUGCUUGGAGAGCUAGGGAACAUGCACUAGAGUUGGUUAGGGGAUCGCCAGAGGAAUCUUAUGCGAUACUUCCAUCAUAUUGUGCUAUGUUAGAAGCCAAAAAUCCUGGUACGAUAACUCAUAUUGAAACUGAUAGUAAUAAUCAUUUUAUGUAUUUUUUCAUGUCACUUGGACCUUGCAUCAGAGGAUUUCGCACUGUUAUUAGGCCAGUAAUUGCACUUGAUGGAACAUUUUUAAAAGGUAAAUAUCGUGGGACAUUGUUUGUUGCCACAUGCAAAGACGGAAAUAACCAAAUAUAUCCUGUUGCAUUCGGAGUUGGAGAUUCAGAGAAUGAUGCAUCUUGGAAUUGGUUUUUGACAAAAUUACGGGGAGCUAUUGGGGAUAUUAAUGACUUAGUUUUCAUUUCUGAUAGACAUGAAAGCAUUCGUAAGGCUAUCUCCACUAUAUUUCCGGAUGCUCAUCAUGGGGCAUGCAUAUUCCAUAUAAGUCAGAAUCUUAAGAACCAUUUUAAGCAUGAGAGAGCUCAUUCACUGUAUUUUAGAGCUGCUAAAGCAUAUCUUGUUCAUGAAUUUGAUCGUCUUAUGGUGCAAAUAUUUAAUGUUGAUUCCAAAGUGGGUGAUUAUCUUAAUGAGGCUGGAUAUGAAAAGUGGGCUCGUGCACACUUCAAUGGGAAGCGAUACAACCUAAUGACAACAAAUAUUGCCGAAUGUCUCAACUCAAUCACCAGAGAUGCUCGUAAACUACCUAUUACCAAUUUUAUGGAGUAUUUAAGAAUGAAUAUACUUCAAAAGUGGUUCCAUGAACGUCAAACUGAGGCAGCUAAAAUGGAUUCACAUUUGACAGAGUGGGCAAACAAUUUGGUGCGAGAAAAUAACAAGAAACGGUUGUCAUUACAGGUUUCUCCUAUUGAGGCUUACUCAUUUCAUGUAUAUGAUGGAUGUCGUGUUGAAGUUGUAAAUUUAGAGAGGAAGUGUUGCACAUGCCGAGAGUUUGAUCUUGACCAACUACCAUGUGCACAUGCUUGUGCUGCAUUUGGGGAUCAGACAGAUUGGGUGGUACCUAAUGACGUACGAAAUAGAAUUGUCCUACCUCCAAUUACAAGAAAAAGGUACGGCAGACGCAAGGAAAAGAGAAUCCCAUCACGCGGAGAAGAACCAUCAACUCCAAUGGCUGCUCUCUCACAGACAGUGGGUGUGGACCCUCCCGGAGAGAUUGUGGACCUCAGCAGCACGGGAUCCCGUUUGAGUCUACCCACCAGGGCUAAACUAUCAUAA